CGGGCGAAAACAAACAUGCAUUGGCGGUUGAUUUUACUGCUCAAUUCUACAACAAUAAAACCUGAAUUUCCAUGAAAACCAACUGCGUGUAAUAUUUACGGAUUAUCUAAUAAAUGCUUUGCACAAUGAAAUGAAGUUAUAAAUAAAGAGGGAUUUCAUCGCUUUUUUGUCUAUAAUGGCAGGAAGGGGCAGAGGGCAGCUCACUUUCUCUGUGGAGAUUGUUGGAAUCGGUAAAGGAGAAAAUCUCCCUCCAUCCUCCGUCCAGCCGACCCCUCUAUUCCCUCCUUUGGAUCAGAAGCCGGUGCCCCUGCAGACGGGUGAGGAGGCCGAGUACAUGCUGGCACUCAAACAGGAGUUCAGAGGAGCCAUGAAGACGCUCCCCUUUUACAUCCGUCCAGCUGCACCCAAGAAAGAUGUGGAGCGUUACUCUGACAAAUACCAGAAAACUGAAACCUCUGAUAACAGUUUGGAAUGGAAGCCAGAUUGGAGGCGUUUUCCGAAGGAGCUGCGCGUGAGAGAGAAGAGACCCCUGAGAGACAAAAGCCCAGCUGUUCCCAAACAACCCAAACAGCCACGAGUGGACAAAGAGGAGAUCAUACGCAAACUGGAGACUCUGGAGCAGAAAGAGGAAGAUGGGAGUUCUGAUGAAGAGGAGGGAGAGAAAAAGAAGCCAGAAGAGGAAGAGGCUGAGGGAGAGGAAGGGUAUGAUGAGGAGGAAUUUGAGGAUGAAACAGAUUACAUCAUGUCCUACUUUGACAAUGGGGACGAGUUUGGAGGAGACAGUGAUGAUAACAUAGAUGAAGCUGUUUACUGAAGCAGGUGACGGCGGCUCCAGAGUGCCCUCCUCCGGCCAGUGAGUGUCGCUGGAACCGCUCUGUCCCUCAGGACCAUUCUAGCUUGGAUCAUUAUGUUUGGCAGCUGAUGUUGAAAUCUGUAUGCAGUGGAUUUCCUCUCAUCCGAUCGGUUGGCAUGGCGGCUGAUUGCUGACAAAGAGCGUUUGAAUCCGAGGGUUACAGCUGGAGGACACAGAGAAGACACUGAGGCACAAACUUCUCUCUUAAUGCAGCUAUACGUUCUUAGAGCUUUGUAAAUAAUUAUUAGUUCACAACUGAAAUAAUGACAUGUUUUAGUACAAGCUUUAGACAAUUGUAUUUGUCUUAAUAGCUUUUAUACAUCUUAGAUUUGUGAAAAAAGACCCGUAAAUGUAGAUUGCUUAUUUUGGAUGAUAAUCACAUAAUAUUUUGUAAAGUCUCAAGUCAUGUGUUUGUAAAUAUUCAUGUUAUUGCCAUUUUAUGUAAUGAAGUCACACUGUGUCAAGACUUUGUCUCAUAGAUUGAUAGAUGGAUGAGCAGUUCUGUCAUGUGGCCUGUAUGAGGUGUGAUACAACAUUA